AUAUAAUAUGUUUAAUUUAUUCCUUAUGGAAAUUAUUCUCUUUAGACUGUAAAAGAAAUCCUGUGCAUAAUAUUUCAUGAAAAAAAAUAUUUAGGGGACAUUCUAGACCAUUAACUGCAAUUACAUUCCUUGUAUUCUAAGCCCGAUAAUAUCUUCAAAUUCUUUCAUUUUCGUAAAAUUUACACUCAGAAAAAAUUUCAUUUGAAUAAAAAAAAACAAUUGUUUGACCCUAUGUUAAGAACUUGUUUAAUUCAAAUCAAAUUUGUUUAACCCUUAUGUAGGCAACCAACUUUCUCCACGUUGAUGAGCAACCGGGUAGCCGGGUACCCACCUGUGGUUUUUCAUAUUUCUUGAGUAUUUGUAUGAUUUAAAUCAAUCUAAAACGAUCCCAUUUGAUAAAUAAACAUAAAUAAAAACUACUUGGACUAUUUCCAUGACAUAUACGUAAGUGGAGAUGUCGUAAAUGGAAAUAGGAGCAGAUUUUUCGAGGGCACAGCUGAGGGCGCACGGUCAGUUUGAAUGUUCGCGGGUCGGCAGCUGGUAAAGUUGGAAAUGUUCGUGAGAAAAACCAAGGAGAGAGAGUUGUAAAAGAACUUGCUCCUCCGUUCAAGAAUACUGGAAGAAUAAACCCUAUAUUCCUAAAGAAAUGGCUCCUAAUAAAUAUAGAGCUGAAUACUCCACUCUCUUUGGUUUUCACGAACGUAAUGUUACCAUUUGCUCGUAUGUUCCAAAACAAAAGAAAGCUGUAAUCUUGCAUUCCACUAUGCAUCUCGAUUCUGCUGUUCAUGACGAUGAAAAAAAGAAACCACACAUGAUCACUGACUAUAAUAAGUAUAAAACUGGCGUUGGUGCGAUGGAUCAGAUGGUAGGCCGUUAUAUAACUCAUAGGCGGACUCAAAGAUGGCCACUUGCAGUGCGUGUUAAUAUCUUAGACGUUGCUGCACUCGCCGCGUGUAUAAUAUACUAUGGAAAUAAUAAUAUGCUCAAAAAGCAUACCAAUCAGCGUCGUGUUUUCUUACGCCAGUUGAGUGAAGAAUUGUGUAAACCUUUGAUUGAAGAUCGAUCUUUAAAUAAUCAAGUAAUGCGCCACCACUCUACCAAAAAUGCAAUCGAAGACAUUCUUGGCGUUCAUCUCGGCGCUGAUCCUGAUGUCGAAAGAAAUGUUGAGCCUCGAGAUAGUACUGGUAGGGUAAAAGUCACUGGUUCCUGCCAUCUUUGUUAUCGAUCAGUAAUUAAAAGACGUAGAAAGACAAGAAAACGUUGUGAACAAUGUGGAAAACCUGUAUGCGAUGAACAUUCCCCAAACAAAAAUAUUCUGUUGUGA